AUGAAUUCAGAGAAGCCAGUCAGUCCCGAUAAUUUAAGUGAUGAAAACGAUCAAGAAGAAGCACAAGAUGACACUGGUGGAACCAAACGCUCUUAUGAGUGCACAUUCUGCAGAAGAGGCUUUACAAAUGCUCAGGCUUUAGGGGGUCAUAUGAACAUCCAUAGGAAAGACAGGGCCAAGGCCAAGCAAUUCACACUUGACGCUUCACCUUCAAUUAACAAAUUCAACAGUGAUGAAUCCAUGGUCUUUCCUUUUGUCUCGGAGACUUUAAACCAACCCACAAGGCCUUACUCCAUUUUGGAGUCUCAGAAGAACUGUGAAAUGCACUUUCAUCCACCAGCACCUGCACAUGCCUUUUAUUAUGAGUUUUAUGACCAAAGGUCUCGGUCUUUAAAUUUGAACCAAGAGCUUCGCGGUGCCAACUUGAGUCUCCAAAUUGGUCCAAGUCAUCAUGUGGAUGAUAAUAUUCGUCAAGUCAGGAGAGGAAACAAGAAAGAUAGUGAAGUGGACUUGGAGCUCAGACUUGGCCAUGAUCCAUACUGA